AUGGCAAACAACACCCCCAUCUCUCUCUCUGUCGCGAAGGACGUACUUCCGGAGAAGUCAUGGGUUUACGCGUCAAGCUCCGCAGCCACAGGCCUUUCAAUGCGCUCCAAUCUGGAUGACUGGUCUUUGAUCAACUUCCGUCCUCGGAUUUUGAGAAAAGUUGACAGAAUGGACACCAGGAGGUCCAUCUUGGGAAAUACCUCACAAUUCCCCUUCUUCGUAUCGGCCAUGGGAACCCUAGGCAGCUCACACCCAGGCGCCGAGCCUUUGCUCGUGCGAGGAGCUACACGCAAAGGAAUGCACACCAUGAUCAGCACCGCAUCUACGAAGCCCCUGGAGGAAAUUAUGGAUGCACACCGGGAGGAGCAGCGACUCCUCAACAAUCAGAGUCCUUCCAAUCUGUCCUUUCAACUCUAUGUCCCCGAGGAUCGAGCGAGAGCCAAGUCUCUCAUUCAAAGAGUGAAAGCUGCAGGGUACCAAAGCUUGUGGGUCACCGUGGACACUUCAACCCUGGGCAAGCGUACUGCAGAUCGAUACCUUCAAGCCCAAGAAAACCUCCAGACUGGUCAGACUGAGAAUGCCAGAGAUAUUCAUAACGAGAACGAUUUUGCUCCCGCAUUUGGAGGUCGGCAGGUUCCAGGCUCAGUAGAUGCCGGGCUUACCUGGGAUGAUUUGAAAUGGAUUGCCCAGGAGUGGAACGGUCCACUUGUUUUGAAGGGAAUCCAGAGCGUCGAAGAUGUGAAGCUGGCGGUUCAGCGUGGUGUCCAGGGAAUUCUGUUGAGCAAUCACGGUGGCAGGCAAAUUCAUUCUGCUCCAAGCUCACUGACGACACUUCUGGAAAUCCGCAAGUAUUACCCGGAAGCAUUUGACAAGCUCCAAGUGUUUGUUGAUGGCGGUCUUCGCGACGGAGCCGACGUUCUCAAAGCUUUAUGUCUCGGAGCGACUGCUGUGGGGGUUGGUCGUCCAUACUACUAUGCUCUCGCCGCAUAUGGCGCCGAAGGAGUGGAAAGAUGUACAGACAUUCUUGCUGAAGAGGUAGAGAUCACCAUGAAGAUGCUUGGAGUCACCUCGUUGGAUCAGCUCCGGCCAGAGAUGAUCAACACGAGCCGACUAGAGAAUGAGAUGUGGCGGCCGGCAUUUGGAAAGUCCAAAUUAUAA